GACGCACAUCCUCCAGCAUGAUCCUCUGGCUGAUAUCGAUCAUGUUUGCGACGGCGGUGUCCACCGGCCAGACUCAGACACUGGAGCCGACCAACAUUAUCAACGGGCAGCCUGCCGCAGACAAACAAUUUCCACAUCAGCUGUUUUUUGCGAUCAGAAAAGGAGACAGCUAUUAUCUCUGCGGUGGAAGUUUGAUAUCCAACCAGUGGGUCGUCACAGCCGCUCAUUGCUUCAUUAACGCCGAUGUAUUCUUGGCCAUUAUGGGUACGAAUACACCGUUGCCGAUUUUGGAUGACGGUCGAGUCAUGAUAGUCGGUAACGAGUUCUACAUCCAUGAAAAGUAUGAUGAGAAUUCUUUUAUUAAUGAUGUGGCGCUGGUGAAACUUCCGCGGGAAGUUCAAUUCAACGCAAGAAUUCGCCCGAUCCGGAUAGCCACGGGUUCCCGGAACUACUACGGAGAAAUGGGCGUCGCCAGCGGUUGGGGACAAACGACGGAUGAUAGCGAUUCUGCCAUCGAGCUGCAGUACGCUACCUUAAAGGUGAUCUCAAACCAGGAGUGCGUGUUUGUGCAUUUUGGUUUGGUCCACCCAUCGACCCUGUGUGCCGCUGGUUCGAACCACGAGUCGACCUGCUACGGAGAUUCCGGUGGUCCGUUGGUUUCGUUGCGGGACGGGACACUUAUUGGGAUCACAAGUUUCGGCAGUUUCAUCUCCUGUCAAAGAGGAAUACCGGUUGGGUUUACGCGCGUUACCAGUCACGUAGAUUGGAUUCGGAGCAAAACGGGAUUGCCGUUGUAAGUUUUUUUUUCUGUUAGAAUGUCCAGUCGCUAACGUAAG